CAGAGGUUGCAGUGAGCCGAGAUCGUGCCAUUGCACUACAGCCUGGGCGACAGAGCAAGACUCCCUCUCAAAAGUAAAAAAAAAAAUUAUGGCAGUGCAGAAAAGGGACAAUUAACCACGAGUUAGUCAUCUAGUGGCUAAUUGGAACUGCCUGAGUAGUGAGUGGGUUGUCUUUUCCAAGUCGCUUCACCUUUGAUUGAACAAAAUAUGUGGACUGUCUGAGGGGACCAGGGCCCCAGGACUGCAUCCCUUAGACAUGGGGCCAUAAACAUGGGGCCACCACUCUGUAGAAUGGACGCAGCUGAUGACACAAAGCAUGGUUGCCAGGAAACCCUCAAGUCUUUCCUUAUGUGGCCCCGCGAAGAGUGAGUGAAUCCUGGCCUUUCUAGGUUAAGGGGAUGGAUGGAGUCUAGCUGGAUCUUAGGAGGCCUCCUCAGCCCCUGUUGCCAAGGCUCCCCUGGUGAUCCUUGUGGUGGCCUUUGCUUCCCCCUCUCCGUGGCUCGCAGCGAGGCGUGUUGUUACGUGGAAUCUUCAGGGCACGCGGGGGCCCCCACGUUUCAAACGUCCGCCGGCGCGGGGACUGGGAGUCCAGGGCUCCAGCUCGGGGACCCGAGGCCAGCGACAGACAGCGGAGGGGUGGCCAUCGCGGACCCCGCCGGGGAGCGGAGGCGCAGAUUCCCUGGAGGCAGGAGCUCUGUCCAGUGACUCGCCCGGCGCGGCCGGACCCGGGGCAGGGGCGCCCCGAGGACCUCGCAGGGCCCCCGAAAGGCCCCAAGGCGCGGCGUGCAGCAAGCGGGAAGUGGUUGGCCGGCGCCCCGCGGCGGCGCCCAGCUCCUGACAGCCACGAUGCCGCCCGCGACCACGGUCUCCCUCCGGGAGCUGGCGGACCUCUCCAUCGGCACCCCAGAGGUGGGCGCUGUCAACUUCACGGCCCUGCACACGCUCAUCGUGGCCAUGCUCAAGAACCUCGACCUCCAAAAUACCCGGAUCGACUUCCAGCCCUCGUCGCCCGAGCCCAGCCGCUCGCUGCAGUCCGUCCGGAGCUCGUUCAGCAUCCCACACCUGCCCGCGCCCAAGGAGGUGCCCAAGGGGGCGCCCCGGGAGAAGCGCAGGGGCGUGGGCCAGGCGCCUUCGUCAGCGCUGGAGAGCCAAGUGAAGGACCUGGGCGGCCAGGUGGAGGACCUGAGCAAACAGCUCAAGCGCGUGGACGGCCAGGUGCAGGGCAUCGCCACGUACGUGCAGCACUUCUCCCAGGCCAGCGGGCUUGACCUGGCCGCACUAGAGUGGCCGGAGGAGCAGGAGGUGGGCGUGCGGGCACUCGAUAGGGUGCGGACUGGGAGUAUCAUGAAGGACGCCGCCGAGGAGCCCAGCUUUGCCAGGGUACUUUUACAGCGGGUUGAUGAACUAGAGAAGCUAUUCAAAGAUCGGGAGCAAUUCCUGGAACUAGUCAGGCGGAAGCUGAGUUUGGUUCCUGGUGCAGAAGAAGUCACCAUGGUCACCUGGGAAGAGCUGGAGCAGGCGAUUACGGACGGCUGGAGAGCCUCACAAGCGGGCUCAGAAACGCUUAUGGGAUUUUCUAAGCACGGAGGGUUCACUUCCUUAACAUCACCUGAAGGGACUCUAAGCGGAGCCUCUACCAAGCAACCAAGUAUUGAGCAGGCUCUGGAUUCUGCCAGUGGUCUUGGCCUGGAUCGGACUGCAUCAGGAUCUGGUGGCGCAGCACACCCCUCUGAUGGGGUUUCCAGUAGGGAACAAAGCAAGGUCCCCUCUGGUACUGGGAGACAGCAGCAGCCGAGGGCCCGUGAUGAAGCUGGCAUGCCACGACUCCAUCAGUCUUCUACAUUCCAAUUCAAAUCAGACUCAGAUCGUCACAGGAGUAGAGAGAAGCUUGCCUCGACACAACCAAGAAGAGAUGUACGAGAUGCACGUCCUGGUCCAGUUCAACAGGACUUACCCUCAGCCAGAGACCAGCCCAGUAGGGUGCCCGCUAGCCAGAGUCAGGUCCAUCUAAGGCCAGAUCGUCGUGGGUUAGAACCAACUGGCAUGAAUCAGCCUGGAUUAGUGCCUGCUAGCACUUACCCAUAUGGUGUGGUACCCCUCAGCAUGGGUCAGCUUGGUGUGCCACCACCUGAAAUGGAUGAUCGGGAAUUGAUACCAUUUGUCAUGGAUGAGCAACGUAUGUUGCCACCAUCAGUACCUGGCAGAGACCAGCAAGGAUUGGAACUACCUAGCACAGACCAACAUGGUCUGGUUUCAGUCAGUGCAUAUCAGCAUGGUAUGACAUUUCCCGGCACAGACCAAUGCAGUAUGGAACCACUUGGCAUGGAUCAGCGUGGAUUUGUAGUAUCAGGCAUGGGUCAGCAAGGACUAGUACCCCCUGGUAUGGACCAGCAAGGAUUGACAUUGCCUGUCGUCGAUCAACAUGGCCUGGUUCUACCUUUUACAGACCAGCAUGGUUUGGUAUCACCUGGUUUGAUGCCAAUUAGUGCAGAUCAGCAAGGUUUUGUGCAGCCCAGUUUGGAAGCAACUGGCUUCAUACAACCUGGCACAGAGCAGCAUGAUUUGAUCCAGUCUGGCAGAUUUCAGCGUGCUUUGGUGCAGCGUGGUGCAUAUCAGCCUGCCUUGGUCCAACCUGGUGCAGAUCAGCGUGGUUUGGUCCGGCCUGGAAUGGAUCAGUCUGGUUUGGCCCAACCUGGUAGAGAUCAGCAUGGUUUGAUCCAGCCUGGCACAGGUCAGGGUGUCUUGGUACAGCCUGGUGUAGAUCAGCCUGGCAUGGUCCAACCUGGCAGAUUUCAGCGUGCUUUGGUGCAGCCUGGUGCAUAUCAGCCUGGCUUGGUCCAACCUGGUGCAGAUCAGCGUGGUUUGAUCCGGCCUGGAAUGGAUCAGUCUGGUUUGGCCCAACCUGGUAGAGAUCAGCAUAGUUUGGUACAGCCUGGCACAGGUCAGCAUGAUUUGGUCCAAUCUGGCACAGGUCAGGGUGGCUUGGUACAGCCUGGUGUAGAUCAGCCUGGCAUGGUCCAACCUGGUGCAGAUCAGAUUGAUGUGGUGCAACCUGGUGCAGUUCAGCGUGGUUUGGUCCAACCUGGUGCAGAUCAGCGUGGUUUGGUCCAACCUGGAGUGGAUCAGCAUGGUUUGGUGCAACCUGGAGUGGAUCAGCGUGGUUUGGUGCAACCUGGAGUGGAUCAGCGUGGUUUGGUCCAACCUGGUGCGGAUCAGCCUGGUUUGGUCCAGCCUGGUGCAGGUCAACUGGGUAUGGUGCAGCCUGGAAUAGGUCAGCAAGGUAUGGUGCAACCUCAGGCAGAUCCACAUGGCCUGGUACAACCUGGUGCCUAUCCUCUUGGUUUGGUGCAACCUGGUGCAGUUCAGCGUGGUUUGGUGCAACCUGGUGCAGUUCAGCGUGGUUUGGUCCAACCUGGAGUGGAUCAGCCAGGCUUGAUAGCACCAGGCACAAAGCUUCGUGGCUCUUCAACAUUCCAGGCAGAUUCUACAGGUUUUAUAUCAGUACGUCCAUAUCAACAUGGUAUGGUACCUCCUGGCAGAGAACAAUACGGCCAGGUGUCACCACUCCUGGCCAGUCAAGGUUUGGCAUCACCUGGUAUAGACCAAAGGAGUUUGGUACCACCGGAAACUUAUCAGCAAGGUUUGAUGCAUCCUGGCACAGACCAGCAUGGCCCAAUACCACUGAGUACAGGUUUGGGAUCUACACACCCAGAUCAACAGCAUUUGGCAUCACCUGGCCCGGGUGAGCAUGACCAGGUAUACCCAGAUGCAGCUCAGCAUGGCCAUACUUUCUCUCUCUUUGACAGUCGUGAUUCAGUGUAUCCUGGUUAUCGUGGCCCAGGGUAUCUAAGUGCUGAUCAGCAUGGCCAGGAAGGUUUGGAUCCAAAUAGAACACGAGCCUCGGACCGACGUGGAAUUCCUGCCCAGAAGGCCUCAGGCCAAGAUGUCACUCUUUUCAGGAGUCCAGACUCCGUCGACCGAGUCUCAUCAGAAGGGAGCAAAGUCUCAAGUGAAGUCCUGAGUGAGCGACGCGAUUCUCUGUGUAGAAUGAGUUCCAGUUUCCCCACGGCAGUGGAGACAUUUGGUCUGAUGGGAGAGCUCAGUAGCCUCUAUGUGGGGCUAAAGGAGAGUAUGAAGGAUCUGGAUGAGGAGCAGGCCGGCCAAACCGACUUGGAGAAGAUCCAGUUCCUGCUGGCACAGAUGGUCAAAAGGACCAUACCUCCUGAACUGCAGGAGCAGCUGAAGACCGUAAAGACGCUAGCCAAAGAAGUUUGGCAGGAAAAAGCAAAAGUGGAAAGGCUGCAGAGGAUCCUGGAAGGGGAAGGGAAUCAAGAAGCAGGGAAGGAACUGAAAGCUGGAGAGCUGAGAUUGCAGCUGGGUGUCCUCAGAGGCACCGUGGCUGACAUAGAGAAGGAGCUGGCCGAGUUGAGGGAGAGCCAAGACAGGGGCAAGGCUGCCAUGGAAAAUUCUGUCUCUGAAGCCUCCCUUUACCUGCAGGACCAGCUGGACAAGCUCAGGAUGAUCAUUGAGAGCAUGCUGACCUCCUCCUCCACGCUCCUGUCCAUGAGCAUGGCCCCGCACAAGGCCCACAGCUUGGCUCCUGGCCAGAUCGACCCUGAGGCCACCUGUCCAGCCUGCAGCCUGGAUGUGAGCCAUCAGGUCAGCACGCUGGUGCGGCGCUAUGAGCAACUCCAAGACAUGGUCAACAGCCUGGCCGUCUCCCGACCCUCCAAGAAGGCCAAGCUCCAGAGACAGGAUGAGGAGCUGCUGGGCCGUGUGCAGAGUGCCAUCCUGCAGGUGCAGGGUGACUGCGAGAAGCUCAACAUCACCACCAGCAACCUCAUCGAGGACCAUCGGCAGAAACAGAAGGACAUUGCUAUGCUGUACCAGGGUCUGGAGAAGCUCGAAAAGGAAAAGGCCAACAGGGAGCACCUGGAGAUGGAGAUCGAUGUGAAAGCCGACAAGAGUGCUCUGGCCACCAAAGUGAGCCGUGUCCAGUUUGAUGCCACCACGGAGCAGCUGAACCACAUGAUGCAGGAGCUGGUGGCCAAGAUGAGCGGGCAGGAGCAGGACUGGCAGAAGAUGCUGGACAAGCUGCUCGCAGAGAUGGACAACAAGCUGGACCGCCUGGAGCUGGACCCAGUGAAGCAGUUGCUGGAGGAUCGGUGGAAAUCGCUGCGACAGCAGCUCAGGGAGCGCCCCCCACUCUACCAGGCAGACGAGGCAGCUGCCAUGCGGAGGCAGCUCCUGGCACAUUUCCACUGCCUCUCAUGUGACCGGCCCUUGGAGACACCUGUGACUGGACAUGCCAUCCCCGUGACCCCCGCGGGUCCAGGCCUACCUGGGCACCAUUCCAUCCGCCCCUACACGGUGUUUGAACUGGAGCAGGUCCGGCAGCAUAGCCGCAACCUCAAGCUGGGCAGCGCCUUCCCUCGGGGUGACCUGGCGCAGAUGGAGCAGAGCGUGGGGCGCCUGCGCUCCAUGCACUCCAAGAUGCUGAUGAACAUUGAGAAGGUGCAGAUCCACUUAGGGGGCUCCACCAAGGCCAGCAGCCAGAUAAUCCGCGAGCUGCUGCACGCCCAGUGCCUGGGCUCCCCCUGCUACAAAAGGGUGACAGAUAUGGCUGAUUACACCUACUCAACUGUGCCCCGGCGCUGCGGGGGCAGCCACACCCUCACCUACCCCUACCACCGCAGCCGCCCGCAGCACCUUCCCCGGGGCCUGUAUCCCACUGAAGAGAUCCAGAUUGCCAUGAAGCAUGAUGAGGUGGACAUCUUGGGCCUGGAUGGCCACAUUUACAAGGGACGGAUGGACACAAGGCUGCCAGGCAUCCUCCGAAAAGACAGCUCAGGGACCUCAAAGCGCAAGUCCCAGCAGCCCAGGCCCCACGUGCACAGGCCACCAUCCCUCGGCAGCAAUGGCCAGCUGCCCUCUCGGCCACAGAGCGCCCAGAUGUCGGCUGGCAACACCUCAGGUCCAUGCCCUUGCCCUGCUCACGUGCACUCACUGUCAUGGAGCUCGUGCGCCUGGGCUCUGCAUGGUGGCUGCUGGGCACAGGCCAUGCCCGGGUCCCCAAGAGGCCGCGACCCUGUCAUGGAGGAACCUCUCUCUGCCUCCCAGCCCGGAAGAUCCCUUGGGUCCUUGAUCUCCGCAGGAGCUAAGUUGGGCCUGAAGGUCAGGAGGGUUUGGUAACAAGGCCCUGCAGCCAGGAGGCUGGAUCACUGCCAAGUGACCCUGGGCAAGGUCACUCUUGACAAGGGCUCUCCCCUCUCCAGACCUCAGUUUCCUCGUCUGUCAUCAAGGGGGUGCUGGGUUAGUGCUGCUUGGAGUCAGGCCCCCCCAAGAAUCUAAUAAAAGCUGCCGACCUUCCUCCUGUAAAACAAUUAUGCACCCACAUUCCUUGUGAAUGCCUGUGGGAGGUUCAGGGACCCUCCCCCACCAGAGCCUCCACCCUCCCCUGCCCCUCGGCUAGAUGCUCUCCAGCAUCACUCCAGCCCUCAGUGAGGACCCGGCGCUGAGGGAGGAGGAAAUCACAACAGAAAAGUGGCUGUGGUGCUCAUGGCUCCUCACCAUCAUCCAGGGCCCCCCACAGACCAGGCAGUUUAGGAGCUUUACACGGACGAACCACUUUUAAUCCACGUACCAGCACUCAGAGGUAGGGGCCGUUAGCACCACUUACAGCUGAGAAAACUGAGGCACAGAGAGGUGAAGGUCCUUGCUCUAGGUCACACAGCCAGGAAGCGGCAGAGCUGGAGUUCAAAGCCAAGCCCUCUGGCCCAGAGGCUGUGCUGGGAACAGCAGGUCUCAGUGGUGGACAGUGAGCACAUGACUGUCACCCUGGCUCCCAGAACUCUGUUUUCUUGGGAAUACUUAGCUCCCUUCUCCCAGUGUCUACUCUAAGGGCACUGAAAAUGCCCUGGAAGCAGGAGAGAGGGACUGGUAGUCUCAGGAAAAUUCCUGUGCCUAUCGGUGUGGAUGUCGCCUCGUGUCUGUAUUAACAGGAAACAGUACCAAAGAGGCAGCUCUUGGCUCCUGCAGAAGGACGUGUUUGCUUAUUUUUCAUUCACAAGAUCAUGAAGGGUGCUUCAUGACUGCUUAGGAGCCCAGAUGGGCCUGUGCCGUGCCCCCCGGCCCCGGCAGCUCCCCUCCAGCCUGUGUCAGCCCAGCAUGGCGAACAGAACGGCUCUCAACCUCCCUGGGCAUUGGGCAGGCUGGGGUGACCCCUGGUGGGCUUGGGGAGUGUGUUGAGCAACCUCAGCACCCCUGUCUUGCAGUUUCUUCUCGUCAACAGAAAGAUAGACCUUCCUCCGAGGGCCGUCUCUCCCAGCCGAACACAGCCCACCCGUCCAGCUCCACCGCGGUGGCAAACAGGGGGCUGGAGAGGCACGUGGACAUGCUUCCUGGGGAGGGGCUCGAGGAUCCCACGCGGGGGCCGCGGUCCAGCACCGCUCAGUGAGCGGAGGUGUAAAUAAACAUUCAGGAGGAA